CUCAACUCUGAUUGCCAUCCAUGGGUUACCUACGAACUGACACAAUUCUACUUGGAAUAAGGUAAAAGGUAUGAAGGUAAAAAAGGAAAAUAUUCUAGUCAUUGGAGGGCAUUGUAGCCAUUGCCUGUCGUGAAAGAAAGGUCAGAACAAUUUACAACACAUUUCUGGAAAAUUGUCGUUUAUUGAAAGUUAUCAAAGAUAAAUUCCAAGGGCAAUGAUAUUUUAAACCAUAUGGGUGGGAAAACAAACGGAUUUGCCAACUGCUAAAUAUAUCCUGGCUAUUCCUCAUUCCCAUUCCGAAGACAAAGUGAAAUUGUCACGGGGUUAUGUGUCGACUUUGAUUUUUAAUAGGGAAAUCCCCACCCCCUGAUGCGUGACGUGUCGCUUCAUCGGAUUUCAAUAGCUUUUUGUCCGUCACGACGCUUCCUAUGCGGUUGCCUGGUAACUUAUUUACCUCCUUUUUCAAAAUAAAAGUCUGCCAGUGUGUUCCGAAGUUCUACUCUUCAGCACGACACGGACCCGUGGAAACAUAAUUUAAGAAACAAGGUCCAGAGCUUCUUCAAGACUGAUGGAACGAUAUGAAAAGCUAGGAAAACUAGGAGAAGGAAGUUACGGUGUUGUGUUCAAAUGCCGGAACAGAGAUACAGGCCAGCUCGUUGCGAUUAAGAAAUUUGUAGAGUCCGAGGAUGAUCCGCUCAUAAGAAAAAUAGCACUAAGAGAAAUUAGACUACUUAAGAGUUUAAAACAUCCAAAUUUAGUUAAUUUAGUCGAAGUUUUUAGACGUAAAAGAAGGCUCCAUUUGGUGUUUGAAUACUGUGAGAGAACGGUGUUGGGUGAGCUCGAGAGGAACCCACAGGGCUGUCCACCAGCACUCGUCAAGCAAAUCAUUUGGCAGACGCUGCACGGAAUAUCAUACUGUCAUCAGCACAACUGCAUCCACAGAGAUGUCAAGCCGGAAAAUAUUCUUCUCACGUCCAAUGGUGUUGUCAAACUGUGCGAUUUUGGAUUUGCAAGGAUCAUGAGUCCAGGUGAAAAUUAUACAGACUAUGUAGCAACUCGGUGGUACAGGGCACCUGAACUACUUGUUGGUGAUACCCUCUAUGGUCCACCAGUUGAUAUCUGGGCUGUAGGUUGUGUCUUUGCUGAACUCAUACGGGGCGAAGCACUUUGGCCUGGAAAAUCAGAUGUCGAUCAGCUUUAUCUUAUCCGAAAAUCAUUAGGAGACCUUAUUCCGAGGCAUAUGCAAAUAUUUAGAGCAAAUGAAUUCUUUAAUGGAAUAACCCUUCCUCAGCCUGAGAAAAUUGAACCGUUGGAAUCUAAACUGCCUAGGCAAGCUCAAUCAGACCCAAAUACGAUUGACUUUUUAAAGAAAUGUUUAGAUAAGGAACCUUCGAAAAGAUGGAAUGCCGAAGAGCUCCUGAGGCAUCACUACUUUGACCAUUACCACUUUAAAAUGCCAGAUUUGGAAAUGGAAGAGUUUGAAAAACUGAAAAAACAUAGGGAUAAGUCUCGAAAUUCGAGUUCAACUGUAAUUAGUGUUGGCGGAGCAUUACUACCAUCAUUGGCGAGUAAUGGCCCUAGCCCAGAUUAUUCAAGAUCGCAGGGAAGCAAUCAUCGGCAUACUUUUGAUCACUUACCUGACAUCUGACGAGGACAUCGAUAACAUAUGACUAAUCAACAAAUCAAAAUUUUCAAAGUAAACCUUCGGUAAUUACCAUUGGAUAACUUAUAAUCGAUUUUGGUAUAAAAAUUUUUAUUGGCUAGUCUGGUCAAAAAAUUCGUAGAAAAACGUGAUAUUUGGUUGAGAUGUUUGGUAAUUUUUAAAAUUUGUAUUCUUUGAGUGAUCAAUGCGAAUUAUCACUGCAAAUUUCAUGAAAUUCUUUUGUAUUAUUAAUUUUAAAAAAAACAACCAGGCUACACAAAUUUUGGAAAUUAAUUUAAACAAA